UAUUUUGGCCGAAAACGAGGCAGUGACUCAACUUGACGACACGAUUGAACAAGAACGAGAAAAACAAGGGCAAUUUCGUUAGAUGCCCAUGAAUUCAGUGAACGUGGACCACCUGAAAGACAGUAAUUAUGAGAGAAGAAAUUGGUGCAGCAGUUUUGUUUAUUACUCGAUUGAUACGCCUAAGCGGUAGCGUUUCAAAAGAGAAGGUUGUAGAAUUUUCCGAUUCUUUGUCCGCCAUUUUGAACGAAAAAUUCACGAAUCAUUGGUAUCAAGAUCAUCCAACAAAAGGACAAGGAUACAGAUGUAUUAGAAUAAAUUCAGCAGAACCAAUAGAUCCAGUGUUGGAAGAAGCAGCUAGAAACUCAGGACUUCAGUAUCAUGACCUCCGACUUCCUUCCGAAUUGACUCUGUGGGUUGACCCAAAAGAUGUUUGCUGCAGGUUUGGAGAAAGCAGGGGCUCUUUUUGUACAUUGGCAACUACCAAAGAUGGCAACUUGGAGAAUAUGGCACACUCUAUAAACAUUGAAGAAUUGUUAAGACAGGAGACAGAGAGACACAACCAGCAGGUUAAUAUUGUGACUACAAGAACUAACAUGAAUGUCUCUCAUGCCAAGUUUACCAAGGGUAUUCAUAAUGCCAACUAUUAUUCCAAGUUCCAGAACAACUUUUACAACAACCAACAAUUCCAGAACACCCAUAAUCGUUUCCGUCCCCAAAACAAAAACAACAAAAAACAGGCACAGCAUGAAGAGCAGGUGAAUGGCGUGAGAGUCUCCCCCGACCACGUGAAUGAGGUCAGACAACAAUUUAUGGACCAAGUCAACAGCAUUGUCAAGGAGGGAGAGAAAGUGUGUGAGCCCAAACCUAUGUCUCCCAACCCAACAAGCUCAUCCUCAUCUAAACACGCAAAGACUGAUACCUCCAGCAAGACCUCCCACACUAAUGCUACCAAAUCUACCACAAAGUCGAAUGAGAACGAGACGGCCAAGACCAACACUGGUGGAUUAAAGGCAACCAAUGACAACACGAAACCAAGCUCUGAUAAGUCAAGUGUGGAGGACGUCAAAUCUAACAAACCAUCUCAGGCCAAGGGCAGGUACCAACCGGACCAGAAUACCUCAGUCAAACCAGGCAGUUAUAACGGGGGCAAGGGUACUCACUGGCUCAAUCGCACACACUCAAAAUUUAAUUCUCAGAAGGUGUAUUAGAUAAAUGAUUUGAUUGGAUGUGAUGCAGGAGAUAUUUUUUGGUUAAAAUAAAUGGAUAAAAUGUGAUUGUAGUGAUGUGAACUGGCUAAGAACAGAUUUUUCAGUAUGUUCAGAUUUGUAAGGUGGUUUUUUUUUUUAACUUGAACAAGAGAUGUGAUAGAUAAUCUAGUCUAGUGCUUCAUUUUAUUUCACUGCUGGUAAAACAUCUUGUGCUCAUUUGUAAUGCCAGUUUUUAAAUUAUUUUUGUCUUGCCAAAGUAACCACUUGGUCAUCAGGUUAUGUACAUAUAGAACACACCAACUCCAUUUCUGCUCACACAUUCAGUCAGUGGUCAUGAGAAUUGUUAAAUCUUUAAAUGUUUAUUGAUAUUUAUCAUGAAGAGUAUUGUAUAUGAGAGCUCUAUAUAUUUAUGUGUGGUCUAUAUUGCCAGAGCAGACACUGCCAUUAGAUACAGAGUUGUAAGAAUGGCUGCCAGUUUUUUUUUGUAGUUAAACCAUUGAUAUCAUGAUUUCAUUUUUCAACAUCUCAAUUUGUCAUAGCCAGCAUUUGUAGCAGGUUGUAUAGUCACAGGACAUACAUGAGUGCAUGUAUACAUAAUUUAUAUCUUAUAUUUAUACAAGGUUAAUUUCAUCAGAUGAAAUGGCAGCAAAUAUUCCACCUGAUAUAUUUACUAAGAAGUCUCAGCUCCAUGUAAUGUAAAUCGUUAGAGAACAGGGUAUGAGUGUCCAUCAUUGAUCUGUCAGCAUUAAUGAGCUCUCGACAGGAAAAAUUUGUAUAUAUAUAGACUUUCCUUCCAUUAUUGAUUUAAUAUUUGUUUAUUAAUCAUUUCAAAAUGGUAUUUUCAAAGUAUAUUGUAAUUCACUUUCAAGAAAGUGCAUUGUUUAUAUGCUAACUUAGGAGAAAAUUUAUUGUUUUACUCGGGGAAUUUUUUUUUUUCAUUUCACAGAGUGCUAUGGAUAGUUGGAAGAGGUGUACAUUUACAUUAAUUUAUUCCAGUAUUAUAUCUAUGAAAAAGGGUAAUGUUUGAAAUUGAUUGGGGUGUACUAUGAUAACAAAUACAAAUCAGUUAGAUAAUGAUCAAAGAUACAUUUCCAAUUGAAUAUAUUACUGACUAUCCCGAGUUAUCUGUGGUAUCUCUGAUUACUGCUUUAAUGUUUGGUAACCUUUGUGUUGUGUACUUUUGCUGUUUUGAAUUGUCACCCAGUGUCCUUCUCCCCUAUGUUAUCUAACAGUACUGAAGAAAUGAAGUGCCUUACAAAGUCUUAAAAGCAUUACAAUACACUGGGUGAAUUAAAGAGUGGAACAGUCUACUUUAUGACUACUAAAGUUUAAUUCUUGCACAGUUGUUUUACUUGUACUAUGAGAAAUAUUAAUUUAAUGCAUAACAAUUUUUCUUUUUCAAAGAAUGCAAUGAUACAGAAUUCAAUAAACUAAGAAUGCAGAUUUUGCAUAUUUUAAUUAAGAUGAAUGCAUGCAUUAAGCUUUAGUGACUUGUCUUAAAGUGUUUUCUUUGAAUUUUUUUGUAUUCCAACAUUUUAGUAUAUGGUAUUUUCUACCUUAUUUCUCCUUGCAUAUCUGCCUUUACAUUAGAAGUGCUUCCCUAAAUUCCAUCAUUUAAACCUCAUAAUAUAAUGGUUUUCAUCAAUUUGUGUAUUUUUUCCCUAUAGGAUUUUAAUGUCUAUGUUCAAACAUUGGUAAAGCCAUGCCCUGAAAGAUCUACUGUAUCAGGAAAUCAUGUCACAAAAUCUGAUAUAUAAACAAGUCCUCAUUAUAACAUUUUAUGAACUGCAUAUGUAGUGUUCUGUUUGAUCUCUUUUGAUUUUUGCUAAUCAUGUGCAAUAUGCAUACCCAGGUCAUCUUCCAAACAUUGACCAAUCAUAUGAUGCAGACAAAAUAUGCAUUUUUUUUUUUUUGUAACCCCUUAGUUUUCAUUCCAUUUGAUAGCAUGUUUCUAGAAAUCCCUUGGACUCUUUCAGUGGCAUUAUUUACUUAGUAUGUAGCCUAGUUUAUAUGUACCGUUAUUUUGUGGUAAAUCUCAUUAGGAAACCAGUCUCUAUACCUGCCUUGCACAUAAAAUCAAAUGUUAUUGUAUUCAAGAAUUAUUUUCCUUUCAUAGCAUUUUUGUUUUCUGAUUUAUAAUAGUCAGAUCAUUAUUUUCAUGUAUGAAAUUAAAUAUUCAUUUUAUUCAGCACAUGAAUAGAUGCAAAAAACACAAAAGCCUCAAGUUUAAAGAUCUAAAAUGUUAUACUUCAGUGAUGUUACCGGUUACUUUCUAAGAGAUCUGGUUUAAUAAAUUUUUAUUUAAUGUACAAAAA